UGUCAACCUCUCUGCUGUCAACCACUCUGCUGUCAAACUCUCUGCUGUCAACCUCUCUGCUGUCAAACUCUCUGCUGUCAACCUCUCUGCUCUCAACCUCUCUGCUGUCAACCUCUCUGCUGUCAACCUCUCUGCUGUCAACCGCUCUGCUGUCAACCUCUCUGCUGUCAACCUCUCUGCUGUCAACCUCUCUGCUGUCAACCACUCUGCUGUCAACCUCUCUGCUGUCAACCUCUCUGCUGUCAACCUCUCUGCUGUCAACCUCUCUGCUGUCAACCUCUCUGCUGUCAACCUCUCUGCUGUCAACCACUCUGCUGUCAAUCUCUCUGCUGUCAAACUCUCUGCUGUCAACCGCUCUGCUGUCAAACUCUCUGCUGUCAACCGCUCUGCUGUCAAACUCUCUGCUGUCAACCUCUCUGCUGUCAACCUCUCUGCUGUCAACCUCUCUGCUGUCAACCUCUCUGCUGUCAACCUCUCUGCUGUCAACCGCUCUGCUGUCAACCUCUCUGCUGGAGGGAGAUAGCAGCACACACCCCUCGGUACAUCACUGAGUUACAGCCCUUCAGGUUUAUAGUCCAUAACUCUCCUCUGGGUCUCUUUAGGCAGGCCGUGUGGUUCCUGUUCCGCCCAUGUCUAGACUAA